UCAAAUCGUGAUAACCGUUUCGUCGAAUAGCAAUAAGUAGCAACACGCCUAUGCGUUGUUGGCCCGCUAUCCGACGUUUGUAAUUAUUUUUACGGACUAUUGGCGCCACAAUCGUUGGUAUUUGACGAAAAUUUCUUUGCUUCUAUCGACAGUUGAAACGUUUCACGCCAUCGUUGUUCCACUUCCCUCGUACAAUCUGGUCUGAAUCGAAGAACUUGCGUUAUGGACGAACAACUAACAAAUUUGCUGUUUCCAGACGGAAUACCAGAUGAUUUAAUAAAUGACCCAAAUAUUAAAAACUAUAUGGAUCAUCUUGGAAUGUGUACUGCUGAAGAAUUAAGUAAAGAACAUGGGUCAUUAAGAGAUAAAAAUACUAUAAUUUUAAAAAUGAUUAAAGACUUGGCAUUAAAUAACUACAAAACGUUUGUUAAAACUUCACAAUGUUAUGAAUUAAUUUAUAACAAAUUUGAUGAUACGCAGCAAAAAACUAUUGUACUAGAUAGUUAUUUAUUAAAACUCAAAACCGAAUGUCAAGAAAUGUUACAGCAAUGGGCAGAUGUUAAAGAAAAACGCCAUCGUAAUACAUUAGCUAUGGUUUGGAACUCCCGUAUUAUGCAUCAUGCUCUUGAACUUCCGCAGCUAAUGCUGUCAUGUAUACAAAAUAAACUUUAUGAAGAUGCACUAAAAUUGGCCGAUCAUGCUAAAUAUUUACCUAAUAAUAUACCAGCUGUGAAGUUGUUACAUGAUGAAGUAAAUAAGUAUCGUUUGACGUUGAUGUCUUCUCUUUGUCAAGAAUUAAGAACAGAUUUGGAAUUACCACAAUGUAUGCGAAUUAUAAGACUAUUAAGAACUUUAAAUCAAAUAAAUGAAGAGCAACUAGCUGUCAAAUUUUUGCAAACUAGAAAUUCAUGGUUUAAUUCUAAGUUAGAAAAUAUUCCUAAUGAAAGCAACAGUCAACACCUCUUAAAAACUAUUGAGGUAUCACGAUCUUGUUUUUCAAAUAUAGCAACACAAUACAACCUAAUUUUUUGUUCUGAAGAUUACACUUCUGAAAUUCGAUCAGCAAAACUACAAUUUUAUUAUUCAUGGGCUAAUCAAAAGGUAUGUCAGUUUAUUAAUAUUUUAAAAAACGAUCUUCCAUAUUGCCGCCCAUCAUCAUUAGAAACAAUUUUCACUCAAUGCAUGUAUUUUGGUCAAUCAUUGGGUCAUAUUGGAGCUGAUUUCAGAGGUCUCAUAGCACCAGUAUUUGUCAAUAUUACUGUCAAAAGAUUUUCUGACUUAUUAAAGAUGACAGAAAUUACUUGGCAAACUGAUUUACAGACAUUUUUAAAAACAAAUAUUAAAAAUGUUAGAAUGAACCAAACUCAUGAUGAAGUAGACGAUAUACCAUCACCUGUAUUUGAGUAUUAUCCUUUGGCAAAAUUUUGUAAUGGUGUAAUGAGUGCUCUUAACGACCUUGGAGAAUAUGCUCCAUAUGCAGCUGCUGAUGAAAUCACUAAAUGUUUACAUACCACAUUACACAAUGCUUCCUGCUCUUUAUUUUCUAUGUAUUAUCAAGAAAAUUUUAAAGCCUAUGAUGAAGGUGACAAAAAAAUAUUUGGUCGACUUUGCAUCUGUUUCUCCACAGAUGUUGUACCAUAUGUACAAAGAUGUUUGCAUAAAGUUUAUGAACCAGCUAGUAUUGCUGCAUUCAUUGGGGUAACUACAACAUCACUUCAAAAAGAGAACCUAACAUAUAUAGAUUCAGAAAUUAUUAAUGAACCUAUCAAAGAAUUAUUGGAUGAAUUUGAAAACAUCACUCUGAUUGAUAAUAAAUCAACAGAUGAAACACUAUAAGCUAUUGUACUAGUUGAAGCAUUUAUUUUGUGAUAUUAUGAAAAAUGAUUA